CUUGCAUGGUGUCGUUCCUCGCGCACAUAUUGCUGACUUCACAAUUCUCCUCCCUUUCUUGCUUCCCUCCCAAUUCUCCUUUACCUCCUUCAAAAGAACCCGACCUGUUCAUCCCUUACUCUUCUCGCCUGGAUAUAGACUUUCCAGGGUCUUCUUGCAAUUGGGAGCACCGGUACUAAUUGGCGUCUUUCCGGUCUCCUUUUCACUCCCACGACCAGACAUCCUCUCAACCUGAACAGAGACAAAGCUCGUGUCCACAGUCCUCCUCGAUUGCAUGAUCUAGUCCAUUCGCUACAAUCAUGGCUUCCACCGUCAACGGUGUCAAUGGCACCCCAGCUCGCCGAUCCACGCUGGUCAAUGGCACGACCAGUGAGUGGCAGGCGAAGCACAACCUUGCAGCACACUUCAUCGGUGGAAACAGACUAGAAAAAGCUCCUCCGAGCAAAGUAAAAGACUUUGUGCAAGCGCACGAUGGCCAUUCAGUCAUCACUUCGGUGCUGAUUGCGAACAACGGUAUUGCAGCAGUCAAAGAAAUCCGUUCAGUACGGAAAUGGGCCUAUGAGACCUUUGGCGACGAGCGUGCCAUCCAGUUCACCGUGAUGGCCACCCCAGAAGAUUUGCAGGCAAACGCAGACUACAUUCGUAUGGCUGAUCAAUAUGUUGAGGUGCCGGGAGGCACGAAUAACAACAACUAUGCGAACGUCGAGCUGAUUGUCGAUGUCGCCGAAAGAAUGAAUGUCCACGCCGUCUGGGCUGGUUGGGGUCACGCCUCUGAAAACCCCAAACUCCCAGAAUCGUUGGCAGCCUCGCCCAAGAAGAUCAUCUUUAUUGGACCUCCGGGUUCCGCAAUGCGCUCUCUGGGUGACAAGAUCUCCUCCACCAUCGUCGCACAACACGCACGAGUACCUUGCAUUCCCUGGUCAGGAGAAGGUGUGGACGAAGUCGAAUUGGACGACAAGGGAAUCGUCACUGUCCGAGACGACGUUUACGACAAGGGUUGUGUACAUUCUCCACAAGAGGGUCUGGAAGCUGCCCGCAAAAUUGGCUUUCCCGUCAUGGUGAAGGCGUCCGAAGGUGGUGGUGGUAAGGGCAUCCGAAAAGUCGAAAACGAGGAGGAAUUCGAGAGCCUCUACAAUGCCGCAGCAAGUGAGAUUCCAGGGUCUCCUAUCUUCAUCAUGAAGCUCGCAGGCAACGCCCGGCAUUUGGAGGUGCAGCUUCUGGCUGAUCAGUACGGGAACAACAUCUCCCUCUUCGGCAGAGAUUGCUCCGUACAGCGGAGACAUCAAAAGAUCAUCGAAGAGGCCCCAGUCACGAUUGCAAAUCCAGACACCUUCCGCUCUAUGGAAGAUGCUGCUGUCCGUCUGGGUGAGCUCGUCGGCUACGUUUCAGCCGGUACUGUCGAAUAUCUCUACUCCCACGCCGACGACAAGUUUUACUUCUUGGAGCUCAAUCCUCGUCUCCAGGUCGAGCACCCUACCACCGAAAUGGUCAGUGGUGUCAACUUGCCUGCAGCUCAGCUUCAGAUUGCCAUGGGUAUCCCUCUUCACCGCAUCCGUGACAUUCGUUUGUUGUACGGGGUGGAUCCACAUACAGCGACAGAGAUCGACUUCCACUUCAAAGACCCAGCCAGCUUGAAGACCCAGCGACGUCCUCGAGCAAAGGGACACACCACGGCUUGUCGUAUCACCUCGGAAGAUCCUGGUGAGGGAUUCAAGCCUUCGAGUGGUACUAUGCACGACCUCAACUUCCGUUCGAGCUCCAAUGUUUGGGGUUACUUCUCUGUGUCCUCGGCUUCCAGUAUUCACAGUUUCUCCGACAGUCAAUUUGGUCACAUCUUCGCCUAUGGCGAGAACCGACAGGCCUCCCGGAAGCACAUGGUCGUCGCUCUGAAGGAGUUGAGUAUCCGCGGUGAUUUCAGAACUACGAUCGAAUACCUCAUCAAGCUGUUAGAGACUCCUGCCUUUGAAGACAACACAAUCACCACUGGUUGGCUUGACCAGCUGAUCACCAACAAAUUGACCGCUGAGCGACCGGAUCCGAUGCUAGCUGUCCUGGCAGGUGCUCUUACCAAAGCUCACCUCGCCAGCGAAGCCUGCAUCGCGGAAUACCGCAAAGGGCUGGAGAAGGGCCAAGUGCCUUCCAAAGACGUGCUCAAGACAGUCUUCCCUGUCGAGUUCAUCUAUGAGGGGCAGAGAUACAAAUUCACCGCCACUAGAGCUAGUCUUGAUAGCUACCACAUCUUCAUCAACGGGUCAAAGUGCUCAGUCGGUGUCCGAACACUUGCCGAUGGUGGUCUCUUGAUGCUCCUUGCUGGACGAUCCCACAGCAUCUACUGGAAAGAAGAGGCCACAGCCAUCCGUAUCAGCGUUGACAGCAAGACCUGCCUGCUCGAGCAAGAGAACGACCCCACCCAACUUCGAACACCAUCCCCCGGUAAGCUCGUCAAGUACACUGUCGACAAUGGUGAGCACGUCAAGGCUGGUCAAGCUUUCGCUGAGGUGGAGGUCAUGAAAAUGUACAUGCCUCUGAUUGCACAAGAGGAUGGUGUAGUGCAGUUCCUGAAACAGCCUGGAGCUACCCUGGAAGCAGGAGAUAUUCUGGGCAUUCUAGCCUUGGAUGACCCAUCCAGGGUCAAGACGGCUGAGACGUUUACUGGCAAGCUUCCAGACCUGGGACCUCCUCAAGUCGUCGGAAACAAACCACCCCAGCGAUUUGCUCUGCUCCUCGGCAUCCUACAGAACAUUCUGCUUGGCUUCGACAAUCAAGUCAUCAUGGCUUCCACCCUAAAAGAGCUGGUCUCUGUUCUGAGAGAUCCAGAGCUGCCAUAUGGCGAAUGGGCAGCAAGAUCUUCGGCAUUGCAUUCACGGACUCCACAACGUCUCGACUCCCAGCUUUCACAAAUCGUCGACCGUGCACAUGCCAGGCACGCUGAAUUCCCCGCCAAGCAGCUUCAAAAGGCCAUCAACCGUUUCAUCGAAGAGAACAUGUCCAAAGCUGACGGUGCUAUUCUUCACACCACUCUGGCGCCUCUCGAGGAGGUCAUCUCCAGAUAUGCUGAAGGCCUAAAAGUCCACGAAUUUUCUGUCUUCACCGGACUGCUCGAGCAGUACUACGAGGUCGAGAAGUUGUUCGCUUCCGGCUCUCACAGGGACGAGGACGUCAUUCUCAAGCUCCGAGAAGAGCACAAGGACGAUAUUCUGUCGGUGGUUUACACUGUUCUUUCCCACACCCGCGUUUCCUCAAAGAACAACUUAAUUGUUGCCAUCUUAGCCAUGUACCGCCCCAAUCAGCCCAAUGUCGGCAAUGUUGGCAAGUACUUCAAGCCCGCGCUGCGCCACCUCACCGAACUCGAGUCCCGAGCGACCGCCAAGGUCGCUUUGAAGGCUCGUGAAUUGCUCAUCCUGUGCGCCUUGCCGUCUCUUGAGGAGCGGGUGUCGCAGAUGGAGCACAUUCUCAAGUCCUCCGUCGUGGAAUCCAAGUACGGAGAGGCAGGUUGGGAACAUCGAGAGCCAGACCUGGAAAUUUUGAAGGAGGUGGUCGACUCUCGUUACACUGUUUUUGAUGUCAUCCCACUCUUCUUUGCUCACCACGACCCCUGGGUCGGUCUUGCUGCUCUCGAAGUGUACAUCCGACGUGCAUACCGUGCCUACACUGUCAGAGAAGUCGAGUACCACAAUGAUGUUGAUCCGCCGUUCUUCAUGUCAUGGGACUUCGUUCUUCGCAAGGUUGGACAGUCUGAAUUUGGCCUUCCUCUGGCGUCCUCCUACCCAUCUGGGCAAGCCACGCCAUCGCAGCAGGGCAAUGGCAAUGCGUUCAAGCGCAUCGCGUCCGUGAGUGACCUUUCAUACCUGAACAAGUUGCAAGCCGAGGAUGAGCCAACACGCAAGGGUGUUAUUGCGCCGUGCCACUACUUGGAUGAGGUAGACGAAUGCCUUUCGCGCGCUCUCGAGGUCUUCCCCAAAGGCACGAAGGAGAAGCGCCCCAGCCAGCAACAUCUCAUGCCCACACUCGACAGCGCUCGCAGACCGCAACAGAAGGCUGAGCCGAUAGAUGACGACUUGACGAACGUUUGCAACAUCGCCAUCCGAGACACUGAAGAUCUUCCGGACGAAGAAAUCCUCGGUCGCGUCCGCAGCUUGGUUGCCGACUACAAGUCGGAGCUCCUUGCGCGCAGAGUACGCCGCAUCACUUUUAUCUGCGGUCACAAGGAUGGAUCCUACCCUGGAUACUUCACCUUCCGUGGACCCGAAUAUGAGGAAGACCUGACCAUCCGACAUAACGAGCCUGCUCUUGCUUUCCAACUCGAACUUGGAAGGCUAUCCAAAUUCAAGAUCAAGCCAGUCUUCACGGAAAAUCGGAACAUUCACAUCUACGAAGCUAUUGGCAAGGGUGAGGACAGAGACAAGGUGGUCGACAAGCGCUACUUUGUCCGCGCGGUGGUCCGUCCAGGUCGUCUGAAGGAUGAAAUUCCUACUGCGGAAUACCUGAUCUCUGAAACCGACCGUCUUGUCAACGACAUUUGCGAUGCUCUUGAGGUUAUUGGCAACAACAACUCCGAUCUGAACCAUAUCUUCAUCAAUUUCUCUCCCGUCUUUAAUCUGCAGCCCAAGGAUGUUGAGGAAACGAUUGCUGGCUUCUUGGAGCGGUCCGCCAGGAGGUUCCUUCGACUUCGUGUCACAGGAGCGGAAGUCAGAAUCCUCUGCACCGAUCCUGAGACUGGAAUGCCAUAUCCACUGCGUGUGUUCAUUACCAACACUUCUGGCUACGUGGUCAACGUGGAAAGCUACGUUGAGAGAAAGUCGCGAUCUGGGGAUUGGGUCUUUGAGACCAUCGGAGCGACUAACAAGGUCGGUGCUAUGCACCUUCGACCUGUGUCCACUCCCUAUGCCACCAAGGAAUGGUUGCAGCCCAAGCGAUACAAGGCCCAUCUUAUGGGUACUCAAUACGUCUAUGACUUCCCCGAAUUGUUCAGACAAGCAAUUGCAAACAGCUGGACCAAGGCUAUUGCUAGGCACCCUCCGAUGGCCGAGUCAAGACCAGAAACUGGGCACUGCCUCGAGUUCAGCGAGCUGAUCCUUGACGACAAUGACGAGCUGGCCGAGGUGUCACGAGAGCCGGGUACCAAUAAUUGUGGUAUGGUUGGCUGGGUACUGACAGCCAAGACACCGGAGUACCCCAGAGGCAGGAAAUUCGUGAUUAUCGCCAAUGAUAUCACAUACCAGAUUGGUUCCUUCGGACCUGUAGAAGACAAGUUCUUCAACAAAUGCACGGAAUAUGCACGAAAACUUGGUAUUCCUCGCGUUUACCUGUCCGCCAACUCCGGUGCUCGGAUUGGUAUGGCUGAUGAGCUCAUUCCUCAUUUCUCCGUUGCCUGGAAUGACGAAUCUAAGCCUGAGGCCGGCUUCAAAUAUCUUUACCUCACACCCGAGAAGCGAAAGCAGCUCAGCGCGAAGGAGGUCAUGACUGAAGAGAUCCAGGAAGAUGGUGAGACACGACACAAAAUCACCACCAUCAUCGGUGCCAAAGAUGGUUUGGGUGUCGAAUGCUUGCGAGGCUCUGGUCUCAUUGCGGGCGCGACCUCAAAGGCGUACGAGGACAUCUUCACUAUUACCCUCGUUACAUGUCGAUCCGUCGGUAUUGGUGCCUACCUCGUCCGUCUUGGUCAGCGAGCUAUCCAAAUCGAGGGCCAGCCCAUCAUCCUCACUGGCGCUCCUGCUCUUAAUAAGGUGUUGGGUAAGGAGGUCUAUACUUCCAACCUGCAACUUGGUGGCACACAGAUCAUGUACAGAAAUGGUGUGUCCCAUAUGACUGCCAGCGACGACUUCCAGGGUGUCGAGAAGAUCGUUGAAUGGAUGUCCUUCGUUCCCGACAAGAAAGGUCAACCAGUUCCCGUCGGCAUUGCCUCUGACACAUGGGACCGUGACAUUGCCUUCUAUCCACCUCGAGGCCCUUACGAUGUGAGACACCUCAUUGCCGGCAAGCCAGAUGAGGAAGGUUUCCAGUCGGGUCUUUUCGACAAAGACUCUUUCCAGGAAGCGCUUGGCGGUUGGGCGAAGACUGUUGUCGUCGGUCGUGCUCGCUUGGGUGGCAUCCCAAUGGGUGUUAUCGCAGUCGAGACACGUACUGUGGAGAACGUCAUUCCGGCAGACCCUGCCAAUGCCGACUCAAUGGAACAAGUGGUGCAAGAAGCUGGUGGUGUCUGGUUCCCCAACUCCGCCUUCAAGACUGCGCAAGCUCUCAAGGACUUCAACUAUGGUGAACAACUUCCAGUCAUGAUCCUUGCCAACUGGCGUGGUUUCUCUGGUGGUCAACGAGACAUGUUCAACGAGGUCUUGAAAUACGGUUCCUAUAUCGUUGAUGGCCUCGUCAAGUACGAGCAACCGGUCUUUGUCUACAUUCCCCCAUUCGGCGAACUUCGUGGUGGUUCUUGGGUCGUUGUUGAUCCUACUAUCAAUCCUGAGCAGAUGGAGAUGUACGCUGACGAGGAGUCUCGUGGUGGUGUCUUGGAGCCAGAAGGUAUUGUUGGCAUCAAGUACCGUCGCGAGAAGCAACUUGAAACUAUGGCUCGUCUUGAUCCUAUAUACGGUCAACUCAAGGCUCAGUCUCUCGCCAAGGACUCGACGCCUGAGCAGCUGAAUGAUAUCAAGGCCAAGAUGACUGAGCGUGAGCAACUUCUCGGACCCAUCUACCAGCAAAUCGCCCUUCAAUUCGCCGACCUUCACGACCGCGCUGGACGUAUGGAAGCCAAGGGUACAAUCCGCAUGCCGUUGAAAUGGCAGAAUGCCAGACGAUUCUUCUACUGGCGUCUUCGCAGAAAGUUGUCCGAGGAAGUCUUGUUGAAGAAGCUGAACUCAAGCUUGGGUGCCGGUACUGCUGUGCCAACCGUCAGCGCUUUGGCUCAGAAGGAGAGCAAUCUCGCCAUGCUCAAGAACUGGUCCGGUCUGCUUGAUGUCGAAUUCGACAAGGAUGACCGCAAGGUUGCAGAGUGGUACGAAAGCCACAGAAAGGAGGUCUACGCCAAGAUUGACGCCGUUAAGGGCGAGGCUGUUGCAAAGAAGGUUUCUGAGCUUCUGAUGGGCAACAAGGAAGGUGGCUUGAAGGGAGUCCGCGAGGUCUUGAGCCUUGUUCCCACGAGCGAGAGGGAGCAACUGGUCAAGUACUUGACCGGUGCUUGAGUCGGGAAGCCGAGGUUGGCUACUAUUGAUUUGACUAUGACAGCGGAUGUUUUAAGAGGGACAACGGGCCCCUGGAGGAAGGGUUCAUCCAUGCACUGAGGAUUUACAGGCGUUCGAUUUUCUUGCGAUUGUCAGACAUUUUUCAAAUAGCGUGUAAAAGCACAGUAUACCCUGUCAAAGCUGUCCCUCCGUACAUCGUGAAGCAAUGUAUCGCAG